AUGGGGAAACUCCGUCAUUGGUUAAGAAGCCGAUCAGCGACUCCUAUCCAGCAACGAGAAACAGAGAGCGAACCCGCAAAUCUCGAUCUUGCACUAUCGGCUGGGCAAUCUAGCUCUCUCGAACAGUCUUCGAUAUUUCUAUUUCCAGACGGUGUCGAGGUCUUAGUCAAUCCUCCGGAUGCCGACGUCGACAUCUGUUUUGUUCAUGGUUUGACAGGCAACCGUACCAGCACUUGGACGGCGCGUGGGCAGCCUGCACCUUGGCCGAAGACGCUCCUUCCAUCCGAGCUACCCAAAGCCUGCAUACUCACAUACGGGUACGAUGCGUAUGUAGUGUCAAAGCCGGUAGCGUCUUCCAAUAGACUCAUCGAUUAUGCCAUGAAUCUUGUUACCGACCUCACAAACGACCGACGGCGUCGUAAUGCCUCGAGCCGUCCCCUCAUCUUCGUCGUCUAUAGCCUAGGUGGUCUUGUUUGCAAGGAAGCUAUACUGCUAUCGCGCAAUAAUCCAAAUCGCUCCCGCCAAGACUUCUUCACACACAUCAAGGGCGUUGUCUUCAUGGGCACGCCCCACAAGGGCUCGUGGAUGGCUGACUGGUCGGGAAUACCUGCCAAAGCUCUGGGCCUGGUUAAGUCCACCAACCGAUCACUUCUUGAGGUAUUAGAAACCAACAAUCAAUAUCUCGAGUCUAUCCAUGUCAGAUUUCUAUCUAUAAUGCGAGAGCAGCGUGAGGCGGGAAGGCAGUUAGAGGUCGCCUGUUUCUUCGAGGAACUACCUCUAUCUAUGGUGGGUAAAGUUGUGUCAAAGGAAUCAGCCACAUUUAAGGGUUAUGAUCCAAUUACCAUCCAUGCGAAUCAUGCAGACAUGGUUAAGUUUGGGUCUACAGAAGAGACUGGUUUCAAAAGGGUCGUCGGAGAACUCACAGCAUGGAAAUCGGAGAUCGGUUUGACUACAAUCCAACCAGAGACCAACGCUUGGACAGGUAAUUGUUCUGUUGGGCGAAGGCAUUCAAAGACUAAGCCUAGGACGCAUUACCUUCCAUUUUCCCGAAACAGGAACUUCGUAGGACGCGGGGGAGUCAUCGCUGUGCUUCAGAAGCUUCUAUUUGCUCGUCCUGGUGGCCAACAAGCCGCUCUCGUUGGCUUGGGUGGUGUAGGCAAGACGCAGAUCGCGCUUCAGCUUGCGCACCUUGUCAAGAAUGACAACCAAAGUCACCAGCAGUACUCCAUCAUCUGGAUGCCCGCACUGAGCAUGGCAAGUUUUGAGCAGGCCUGUACUAGAAUGAUUGAAGUAUUUGACAUCGAGCAUACCGACAAUAAGGACCCAAAAGAAACAUUCAAGGACUUUCUCAGCUCGAAAGAGGCGGGAAAGUGGUUUCUCAUCAUUGAUAAUGCCGACGACAUGAAGACUUUAUAUGGAACGGCCCAGGAGCCAGGAGGAAUUGCAGAUUAUAUUCCAGAUUGCGAGCAAGGUUAUGUUCUGUUCACAACACGUUCUCGUGAAGUGGCCGUUACCGUUGCGCAGACCAACAUCCUUGAGCUAUCUGAGAUGGAUAAAAAGGAUGCUAGAACCCUCCUGCAGAGUUCCUUAAUACAGAGAGAUCAAAUGCAGGACACAGACUUGGCCGACAGACUUUUACACGAGCUCGCCUAUCUGCCGCUCGCAAUCACGCAGGCAUCAGCAUAUAUGACAAUCAACAGAAUUUCAAUCAAAGAGUAUAUGCGACUACUUCAGAACACUGACCAGGAUAUGGUGGAACUGCUCAGUGUUGGAAUUCGUGACGGCACCCACUACGAUGCUGCUCAAGGCGCGGUUAUUUCGACCUGGAUUGUAUCCUUCAAACAGAUUCGUGCCCUACAUAAGGAAGCUGCGACGCUACUUUCGUUCGCAGCAUGCAUCGAACCGAAAGCGAUACCCCGAACCUUACUACCCCGUUUAGGCACUGAACAAAGCAUGGCACGCGCCAUCGGCACACUUUGCGGGUAUAGCUUUUUAAGUCAACGGGAAGAUGGCGACAUGUUCGAUAUGCAUAGCCUCGUACACUUGGCCACACGGAGAUGGAACGAAGACGAGGGUCGUGAGGAAGGAAUACAACAGUUGGCAUUGGCACGUAUUGCUGAGCAAUUUCCAACCGAUGAUUGGGAGAAUCGUGAGGUGUGGCGGCAGCAUCUACCGCAUGCGCUCCGGGUCCUUACAAAUAUGGAUAGUGACGGGAGCGAAGAUAUAUAUAAGCUGGGAUACUGGGUCGGCCGAUGUCUGCAUGUAGAUGGAAAGGCAAGACAGGCAGUGGACAUACUAGGAAAUGUGGUUGCAGUCAGAGAGACGACGUUGGCAGAGAGUCAUCUAGAUCGACUGGCAUUACAGCACGAACUGGCAGGAGCAUACCAAGCCAACAGAUAG